UUUGAAAAGCGCGCGCGUUAUCAUAUUUAAAAGGAUGACUCCGGUAAUAGUUUUAGCUUUUGUGGUGCAAACGAUUUUUUACGAAAUUGGAUAUUGCCAGAAUUUUGAAGAUAGAUACUUGGAAUCAAUAUUAAUUGAUGAUUCGACUGAUCAACAAUACAACGAUGGUUGGAUGCAAUCAAGAGCAAGUGGCACUUGUCCCUUAGGUGGAGUUUGCUCCCGAAUAGAAGAAUGUCCAAAAGUUGCAGGAAUCGUGGCCAACGCUUGUUUAAAAGGAGACAGUUCAAUGUUCUGUGGAAACAUAGGCCAGCAUCCCCUGGUGUGUUGUCCAAUAAAGCCUGGACCAAGCACAAAACCUCAGGCCGAUACACCAAUUAUAGAAUCAGAAGUGGAUUGUGGAAAGAGUUUAAUUUAUGGACCUCAAUAUAAUGGCUUAGGAGCUUUUCCGUUUGUUGCAAGAAUUGGAUUUAAAAACGUCCAAACUGGAAACACAUUAUACCCUUGCACCGGGUCAAUUCUCUCGAAACGAGUCAUACUGACGGCGGCACACUGCGCGCUGGCGAAAGCGGACGGACACAAGCUGACUUCUGUUAAAAUUGGAGAUUGGGACACGGCGACAGAUCCAGAUUGUGCAAAUGCCUUCUGUGCCAGAAGAGCAAUAAAUCACGCUGUUUCGCAUAUCAUUGUCCAUCCAGGAUACCAAAAAGGAAUCUACUCCCACGAUGUGGCACUGCUGGUGCUGAGGACACCGCUAAAUUAUUCUGUGACGGCGCAAUCAAUCUGUCUCUACGAUGAUAUGACAACAGAUCUUGUGAAUAUUCGAGCAUUACUUGUAGGUUGGGGUAAAAUGGCAGUUCCAGCAGUUCACCCAUCCCAGCAACAAAAUUUAGCUGUACCAAUAAUCGAAAACGAACGUUGUAAUCGACUAUAUUCUGGACACGUGGUGAUGCCCACAAGAGGAGCCUGGUUAUGUGCAGGCGGAGAACCAGGAGGCGACGCCUGCCAAGGAUUCGGAGGCGCUCCACUGGUCUUAAGGCGCGGUCAACGAUUUGUACAGGUUGGCAUGAUGUCGUUCGGUUCCGACAAAUGUGGUGCUGCAGGAGUUGCAAGCGUUUAUACAAGAAUCGCUUAUUAUGCAAAGUGGAUAAGAGAUAAUAUGCCCAUCGACACAUAA